GACCAGAACAGUCACAAAAACACGAACAACUCCAAAUGGCGACAUGACGACUGCUGGUUUUAUUCAUCAUUCCUUGUAGUUUACUUUUAUUCUGUUUUUGCUCAUUUUUCAACUUGAAUUUGUGAUAUGGUAAAUAUUUAGUGUAAAUUUUCAUUGUAAAAAACAAACAUGAUUUACAUUUAGUUUAAAUCGAGGUAUUCCCUGUUGUCACAUUUCUACCCAACUAGUAGCUAAGAUAGUUUUUAAUAAGAAACCUAUUCUGUGAUCCUGUAAUUAUGACCUCUUGAUUGUAACUCAAAUUCUCUUUUUCUAAUGAUGGACGGAAACAGUUCCGAGGAAACUGUACCGAAUUGUGAUGGUGGCAAUUCGAGUACUGAAAAUAAGCCCAAACUGGAAAUCAAAUCCUCUCCAAAUGAAAGACCCGAGUCACCAGACUCAAAUUGUGCAAUUUGUUUGGGAAGAUUGCAAAAUAGAUCAUUCACCGAUAGUUGUCUACAUCAGUUUUGCUUCUCCUGCUUAGUUGAAUGGUCCAAGGUAAAACCGGAGUGUCCGCUUUGCAAACAGGGGUUCAAGUCGAUUAUCCAUAAUGUCAGAUCGAUUGAAGAUUAUGAUCAGUAUGACAUAAUUCGUCCAGUUCAACAACAACAACAACAACAACAACAACAACAACAUCAACAACAACAACAUCAACAACAACAACAAUAUCAACAACAAAUACAAGAACAUUUACAACGACAACAACAACAACAACAACAACCUUCUGUCAACAUCAGAAAUUUCGCCGAAAUACUUGUUGGCCCUAAUCGACCAGCUUUUAGAUUCAGUAGAACGACAAUGGUGCCGGUGAUAGGUCUGCUGCAGCGCAUGGACUCACUGAUUCCGCCGGUCUACUCUAGCGGCCACAGCUCCAGGCGGACGCAUUUGCAUCGCAGCAGCAGCGGCUGCGUCAUCGACCGCCGCUUCAUCUACAACCAGGAGCUGUGGGUGCGCAGGCUGCCUGACGUCACUGGGCGCUAUCGCAAGUGCUCGCCCAGAUUUCUCGCACAAAACCCAGCACAGGCGCACCGCCUGGUUCCGUUCCUGCACCGCGAGCUGUGUGCACUGCUGGGUGCUGGCCGCAGCUGCGAAUCGGCCAUGAACGCGAUCAUGGAGAUGGUGGUGCUGUGGCCCAUUCGCAGUGCGGAGUUCCGCAAUGGCGUCGAGACUUUCCUUGGCAGCCGCACCGACCACUUUGUGCACGAGUUCCACUCGUUCGCCAUAUCGCCCUACGACAUGAUCGGCUACGACCGACACGCCACCUAUGGACCAGCCCCCGUCGGCAUCCAGUACGACGACAUCGACCUGCUCGACACCACUUCCUCCUCGUCCUCGUCCGACAGUGAUGUUCAGGUUAUUGAUGAGGUGAUGCCAGAUCCGAUUAGUCGUAGGCCUAGCAGUGCGAGCAAUCAUAUGGCUGGUCCAUCACAGCUCACAAAUGCAUCUCCCCUACAAAUCGUCGACUUGUCAAGGCAAUCAGAACCUGAAUCAGGAAUGGAAGAUUGUGUUGUGAUUGCUACAGUGAAGCCGCGUCACCUUAGAACACCUGAAAUCAUCACGAUCAGCGACGAUGACCUUGAAGCAGAUAACAGUGAACAACAGCACGUGAACAUUGACCGCGUUUCUUCCGACGAAGAUGUUAAACCGACACCCCAACAAAUAGCAAACAUUUCCGCCGAAAGUUGCAAGCCUUCUACAUCAAGAACAAAGUCACAUCAUCGCACGAAAAAAAUGAAAAAUAAGAGAUAUAAGCGCAUUUAUACAGUUUCAGAAAGUGAUGAUGAUAAUGAUGAUAAUAGUUCAGUUAGUAGUAGCAGUUCAUCGAGCGACGAGGAAUGGAAUGAAACAAAGAAAAAGCGUGUAAAGAGUAAGUUAGAUAAGAAGUCGAAGGGAAGUGUUAAGAGAGCUGCUUAUUCGAAAAGCAAUAGGAAGGUGUCAUCUAGGCCGGCGACAAAAAGGAGUCGGAGAGAUUCUACAACGUCCUCGUCGUCGUCAUCAUCAUCUUCAUCAUCAUCAUCUUCAUCAUCAUCACCAUCACCAUCACCAUCACCAUCUCAAUCUCCAUCACCAUCAUCUUGUGAUUGCAGAGAUAGGAGAGAUGAUUUGGAACACAGGAGGAAGAUACGACAGAAACGGAGGAAAGAGGUGACUAGUAAUCAACGACUGAAGAGUGUAGUGCAAGUGCGCCGUAGCAGUGGUAGUGGCUCCUACUCAUCAGACCAACACCCCCACCACCAGCCUUGGCAACGCUCCGCCUCCGUCUCCACCUCCACCUCCACCUGCGCCUCCACCUCCUCCUCUUGGUCCGACUUGAGUCACCAGCAUAAGCAUAGUAACAGCAGUAAAUACAAGUUCAAAAGAAAGCACUAAUUUCAAUAAUUUGUUGUAGAAACAUUGCUAAAUCAUGGAUAUAUCUACCUCAUAACUGAUCGUUUCGUUUCAAAUUGUUUUAGAGCUGUAAUCAACAGAACUUUCUUGGAGAUUCAGUUCUACUUUAUUUACAGAUAUCAAAUCAUUAGCAUUCAAGCUAUCAAGCAUUUAGCAUCAAAACAAUAGCCCACAUACUCUGAAGAAUAGAUCAAACUUUAUGCUUUUAUAGGUUAUUUGAUAAAGAGAACAUUUUUGGAAAAUGAACCAUAUUUUUAUCCACAGUAUAAUACUGUGAAAAUACAACAUGAUAAUGAAAUAAUGCAACUUACUGUGAAAAGACUUCAUAUCGCAAGCAAUAAAAAAAAUUCUUAGAAAAUUAUAAUUUUUUUACUUUUACUGAUUGUUAUGUGAUGAACAAAUAACUUACUGCAGUAAGGUGACGACUGUGUGAAGCACACUUAAGGCGUUAUCAAAGGAAAGAGUCUGAAAAGGUACAAUUAGUACUUCUAUAUGAAUCCUCCUUAGAGAUGCCAAAGAUUAUUUAUUCAAAGUGCGGGAUUAUAAACCUGGUUUCAUGAUUUAUUCUAAUUCACAACAUCGGUGGUGUUACAUCUUUUACUACAGCGUGUUGUCGAUAUCAGAUGCGGAAUACUAAUAUAAUUAAAUGUUUGCAAUUUGUGAUCAACACUCAUGUUGAUUAUCGCAAUAAUUAUGUGGAGUUGCGUUUAUUCUUAGCAUUUUUUAGAAUCUUGUCAUACUAUUAAGUAAAAAUGAUAGUGAGACUAAAUACAUUGUACUCAAAACAAGUUCUAAAUUUCUGAUUGAAGCCUAAUUUUAUAAUAUAAUGAUUUAUCUUAUCAGACAAGUUGAAGUCAUCCUUUCAAUUAUUAUGGAAUUCUGACUAAUUUUCGGUUGACUUAAAACUAUUAACUUGAUAGAUUUGAGACAUUUCUCAUGCUUCCAUGAUUUCAAUUGAAACGUUGGCUAUUCUGGAAUCUAUUCCUAAAUUUUUUUCAGCUAAUUAUUUUGAGAAAAAUGUUUUUUAGAUUAAUUUUGAGGUGUAUAAUAGUUUAACUCCGUAGAGAAAACAGCUGUUCUUUUGUUAUAGUUCAUUGUUUUUGUAUUAUCUUCUAUUAUUCAUUUGAAAUUUAUGAAAUAUUUCCCUUAUCUAAUGUUCUGGUAUCUGUUUAAUGUUUAGAAGUGUAAAAAUUAAACUCAAAUAUUUGACAUUUCAAUUGUCAUGAAAUCCAUUUUGAAUUUCAGUUACAUAUCAGCCGAUUCAAUUUUAAUUCGUUUGAAGCAAUAAGUUGAUAUUCAUAAAUGUAUCAGCUGAUAUUGUAAUUUACUUAGGAAACGUUUUACUUGUACUCGGUAGUAAUAAUUAUUAUAGAAUAUUUUAAACACCGUAGAUGAUUCAUCACUCCAGUUUCAAUAAUGCUGGGAGGUUUCAACCCUAUACUUCAUCCAAUACUAAAAGCAAAUAAAAGCAAAAGUGUUGAUAUCUUUAUGGAGAAUGAAUAAGGACUUCGCUAUUGUUUAAACAGCAAUAAAACAUAAGCUUGACAGAGAUUAAAUGUAAUGCCGAGUCCAUUGUAUUGCAUCUACUUCAAGCUUCAAAGUAACUGAUAUCCAGGCUUUUAAUCUAUUCGAAUUGAUUUAAAAUGAAAUAGUAAUAUUUUUGUAAAAAAUAAUGUUAUUAAAAGUCAUUAAUGUCAUUAAUGUUAAUGUUAUUAAACUUAGCAAAUUAAACGAUAUUUUAGCAACUCA